AUGAUCUCCUCCUCCACCUCCACCUCUCGCCGUGUUCCGCCUCCUUGCUGGACCCACCAAGAAACUGUUGCUCUCGUCGAAGCUUACCGUGACAAAUGGUUCUCCGUUAACCGCGGUAAUCUCCGCUCCGCUGAUUGGGAUGCUGUUGCCGCUGCUGUUGCUGAGUCUUCUCAUGUUCCAGCCGACCCGCCUAAGUCUUCCUUACAGUGCCGGCAUAAGAUUGAGAAACUGAGGAAACGGUACCGUAUGGAGAAGAAGCGGUGUCUUGAUCAUCCUGGUAGGUUUUUCUCUUCUUGGGAUUUGUUUCCUUUGUUGGAUGCUAUGGCUAUUGGCUCUUCUCCUGGAUCUAAACGAUGUCGUACUAAGGAUGAUAGUAAGAAAUUUAGCAGUCAUAGUGCAAUUGACGAGGGUUUUGAUAAUUCGGAUGAUGAUGAUGAUUUGGAUGUGGAUCAAAAUUUGAUUGUUAGGGCUAAUAAAUAUGGUAGAAUUGAUGAUAGGGCUUAUUUUGAUGGUAAUAUUGGUUCUUCUGGUGAUUUAGGAGGUGAAUUUCGCAUGAAAAACACUGCUUUUGAUGUGAAUAAUUCCGUUUCUGUGGCGUUUAGGCCGAAAGAUUUCAAUAAUGGGAAUGUUGUUAAUGGUAAACUCAUUAGGAAGUCUAGCCCUAAGUUUGGAAGUGAAGUACAUUGCAGAACUGAGAGAAGAGGUCAGUUUGGAGAACAUAUUGCUGCUAAUAAUGGUUUGGUUUCGCAGCUUCCUCCCCCUCCGAUAUUCAGACAACGAAACUUUUGCAACACUGAUGGAAAUUCUAGGUUUGAUGGUAAUAAUUCUAGGGCUUCGAAUGGUUACAGUGGUGUCAGGAAGAAUGGCACUGAUAAUGUUAAUGCCAAGGAAGUUGCUGAUCCGUUUGCAGAGCUAGUGUCAGCAAUUAGGUUAUCCACUGAUAAUUUUGUCAAGGUAGAGAAGAUGAAGAUGGAAAUGGCAAUGGAGAUGGAGAAAGUAAGGAUGGAGACUAUGUUGACGCAUAACCAGAUGAUACUCGAGUCUCAGCAACAGAUUGUAAACGUGUUUGCAAAAACCAUAUUGGAAAAGAAGGAGAAAAGGAGGAAGAGGAAAGAAAUGGAAGUGGUAUUGCCUUGUCAAGAUAAAAAUGGAGAGAUUCAAGUUGCAGCAGCUGACAGUGAAAGCAUAGGCAGAAGCGGUAUUGCUAAAGAUGAACGUGAAGGUGGUUCCGGUGAAUCUUGA